AUGAAGUUGGUCAUCUUGAUUCUGAUUCUUACAAUAUUAAGUACCUAAGCUCAAACAUCACUUAGAGGAAAGAACAAAUUUGGUAUGGUUGGCCAUAAUUAAGACUAGAGUAAAACGAUGAAUUAAAAAAAAUAAAUAAUGAAUAUAACUCAGAACUAUAAGAAUAUUCAUUAUUUGUGCAAUUAACUAAGCCAUUUUAUGACACAGCACCGAUGGAUGUAAUGUUGCUAAACCAUGAAAUGGAAAUAGCUAGAAUGAUGGGCUAACCAGGAGUAACUUCGAUGAAUUAUGUACUUGAAGAAUCGCCAUUUAGUCCUGCUUGGUGAAGAAUUUUAAAAGGCUUCAUUUGAUAUUUCCUAUUUCAUUAUAGAAUCAAUAUCGCAAAACAAC